AUGGAAUUUUUAUCGUUUCAUACUUGUACAUUUGUCGUAGGGGUUUUAUCUUUAUUUCAUGCUGCUUAUUCAGCGGCCCAACACCGUUCUUAUUUAAGAAUAAGUCAACAAGAAUUCCAUUCUUUACCUUUAGAUAUAAUUCUUCAAGGAAUACUAAGUCUUUUUGUAGCCAUGUAUGGCAUUUUAUAUAAAGCAGGAGAUUUCAAGGAAAUAAGAGCUACUACUGAAUUAGAAAAUAAAUCAUGGGAAACUUUACGAAAUUUACCUGCAUUCUAUACAUUUAAUCAUCGAGGGAAAGCAAUGUUUCCAUCUUAUUCUGAUUCAGAUUAUGGAUUUUAG